UUCCGGCAGGCGGCGUCGGCGGCGUCCCUUGUUGUGGCAGCGGCAGCAGCAGCGGCAGGAAGGGCCAUGGCGGCCUUCGGGAUCCUCAGCUACGAGCACCGGCCCCUCAAGCGCCCGCGCCUGGGGCCCCCCGACGUCUACCCUCAGGACCCCAAACAGAAGGAGGAUGAACUCACAGCUCUCAACGUGAAGCAGGGUUUCAACAAUCAGCCGGCUGUCUCAGGGGAUGAACAUGGAAGUGCCAAAAAUGUCAACUUCAACCCUGCCAAGAUAAGUUCCAACUUUAGCAGCAUCAUUGCUGAGAAGCUGCGCUGCAACACCCUGCCGGACACGGGCCGUCGAAAACCGCAAGUGAACCAGAAGGAUAACUUUUGGCUGGUGACUGCCCGCUCCCAGAGUGCCAUUAACAACUGGUUCACUGAUCUCGCCGGGACCAAGCCCCUCACUCACCUGGCUAAGAAGGUGCCCAUUUUCAGCAAGAAGGAAGAGGUCUUUGGCUACCUCGCAAAGUAUACUGUGCCUGUAAUGAGAGCAGCCUGGCUGAUCAAGAUGACCUGCGCCUAUUACGCAGCUAUUACAGAGACCAAAGUGAAGAAGCGACAUGUCAUCGACCCCUUCAGUGAGUGGACACAGAUCAUCACCAAAUUCCUCUGGGAGCAGCUGCAAAAGAUUGCUGACUUCCAUCGGCAGCUGAUGGCACAGAGCACCUGCGGCUCACCCUCCAACAUCAUGCCCCAAGAUGUGGAGCACUCGGUGAAACAGUGGGACUACAACGAGAAGCUGGCUAUGUUCAUGUUCCAGGAUGGGAUGCUGGACCGCCAUGAGUUCUUGACAUGGGUGCUUGAGUGCUUUGAGAAGAUUCGGCCAGGCGAAGAUGAACUCCUGAAGCUGCUCUUGCCUCUGCUCCUACAGUAUUCCGGAGAGUUUGUGCAGUCUGCCUACUUGUCCAGACGCCUGGCCUACUUCUGCACCCGCAGGCUUGCCAUGCUGCUGGACAGCACUGGCGGGCACCAGACCCACCACCUUGCAGCACAAGCAGCCCCAGCGCUCCCUUCCACACCCACCCCUCAGCCAGCUUCAGGGAACCCACCUCCCAGUCCCUUCAGUGAUCUGCUACUGUGUCCCCAGCACCGCCCCGUGGUCUUUGGGCUCAGCUGCAUCCUCCAGAGUAUUGUCCUGUGUUGCCCUAGUGCCCUUGUCUGGCACUAUUCCCUCACCGACAGCAGAAUAAAGACUGGCUCUCCACUGGACCACUUGCCAAUUGCCCCUUCUAACUUGCCCAUGCCUGGAGUCAACACAGGCUUCAUGCAGCAGGUCCGAGCAAAGCUCCGGGAGAUAGAGCAGCAGAUCAAGGAGCGGGGCCAGGCAGUGGAAGUGCGCUGGUCCUUCGACAAAUGCCAAGAAGCCACUGCCGGGUUCACGAUAGGUCGGGUACUGCACACUUUAGAGGUCCUAGACAGCCAUAGCUUUGAAAGGUCGGACUUCAGCAACUCUUUGGACUCCUUGUAUAACCGGAUAUUUGGGGCAGGACCAAGCAAAGACAGCCAUGAGAUCUCCCCUGACGAUGAUGCUGUCGUUGCCCUUUUGUGUGAGUGGGCUGUCAGCCAUAAGCGGUCUGGCCGCCACCGGGCGAUGGUUGUGGCCAAAUUGCUGGAGAAGCGGCACUCAGAGAUUGAAGCAGAGCGGUGUGGGGACUCAGAAGUGGUGGAUGAGAAAGGCUCUAUCUCAUCGGGUUCCCUUUCAGCCGUCAAUGCGCCAGUCUUCCAGGAGGUCCUGAUGCAGUUCCUGGACACCCAGGCACCCAUGCUAACCGAUCCCACCAACGAGAACGAGAAGGUGGAGUUUUUCAACCUGGUGCUGCUCUUCUGUGAGCUUAUCCGCCAUGAUGUCUUCUCGCACAACAUGUACAUGUGUACACUCAUCUCGCGUGGCGACCUUGCAAUCGACCAUGGGCCACGGCCCCCCUCGCCCUUCGAUGACACUGCUGAGGAGCAUGACCGGAAAGAGGGGGAGGGCAACAGCGGCAUCAAGCUGGAGGACACAGGCCUGUCAGAGUGCCAGAUGGACAUUGACCACAACUCCAGCGCCAUUUUUGACGACAUGGAAAAGACAGAUUUCUCGAUGUUCUCUCCUCCCAUGAACUGUGAGUCUAAAGCCAGCCCUUCCCCUGAGAAACUGGACCCUGAGAAGGAGAACAAGCCACUGCUGAAGGACAGGGCUGCAGAUGGCAUGCUGGCGUCGCUCUAUGACCAGCCUCGGCACAUCCAGUACUCCACUCACUUCCCCAUCCCUCAGGAGGAGUCAAGCAGCCACGAGUGCAACCAGAGGCUGGUGGUCCUCUAUGGGGUCGGGAAGCAGCGUGACGAGGCCCGGCACGCGAUCAAGAGGAUAACCAAAGACAUCCUGAAGGUGUUAAACAGGAAGAGCACAGCUGAGACAGGAGGAGAAGAAGGGCAGAAGAGGAAGAGGAAUAAGCCAGAGGCCUUCCCGACUGCUGAGGAUAUCUUUGCCAAGUUCCAGCACCUUUCUCAUUUUGACCAGCACCUUGUCACCUCUCAGGUAUCUCGUAACGUUUUGGAGCAGAUCACCAGCUUUGCCUUAGGGAUGUCAUAUCACCUGCCUCUGGUGCAGCAUGUCCAGUUCAUCUUUGACCUGAUGGAGUAUUCGCUCAACAUCAGUGGACUCAUCGACUUUGCCAUCCAGUUGCUGAAUGAGCUGAGUGUGGUGGAAGCAGAGCUGCUGCUGAAGUCUUCUGACCUGGUGGGCAGCUACACCACCAGCUUGUGCCUCUGCAUCGUGGCCGUCUUGCGACACUAUCAUUCCUGCCUUAUCCUCAACCAGGACCAGAUGGCCCAAGUCUUUGAAGGGCUGUGUGGGGUGGUGAAGCAUGGCAUGAAUCGCUCCGACGGCUCUUCUGCCGAGCGCUGCAUCCUGGCCUACCUCUACGACCUGUACACGUCCUGCAGUCACCUCAAGAGUAAAUUUGGAGAGCUCUUCAGUGACUUCUGCUCCAAGGUGAAGAACACCAUCUACUGCAACGUGGAGCCUUCUGACUCCAACAUGCUGUGGGAGCCCCUGUUCAUGAUUGACACCAUUGAGAAUCCCUCGGCCCACAAUUUCACCUACACCAACCUGGGCAAGAGUCUCACCGACAACCCAGCCAACCGCUACAGCUUUGUGUGCAAUGCCCUGAUGCAUGUGUGUGUGGGACACCACGACCCUGAACGAGUCAAUGACAUUGCGAUCCUGUGUGCUGAGCUGACAGGCUACUGCAAGUUGCUCAGUGCGGAGUGGCUGGGUGUCCUGAAGGCCCUGUGCUGCUCCUCCAACAAUGGGACUUGCGGCUUCAAUGACCUCCUCUGCAAUGUGGACGUGAGUGACUUGUCCUUCCACGACUCCCUUGCUACCUUUGUGGCCAUCCUCAUUGCCCGCCAGUGUCUCCUCCUUGAGGACCUGAUCCGCUGCGCUGCCAUACCUUCACUGCUCAAUGCUGCCUGCAGUGAGCAGGACUCUGAACCCGGAGCCCGCCUGACCUGCCGGAUUUUGCUGCAUCUUUUUAAGACUCCACAGCUGAACCCCUGCCAGCAGGAUAGCAGCAAGCCAUUGGUGGGCAUCCGCUCCUCCUGUGAUCGGCACUUGCUGGCUGCCUCCCAGAAUCGGAUUGUGGAUGGCGCUGUCUUUGCCGUUUUGAAGGCCGUCUUUGUCUUGGGUGAUGCUGAACUGAAGGGUUCUGGGUUUUCCCAUCCGGGAGGAGUUGACGACCUGAUGGAAGAUGACAAGAAGCCACCUGGCCGGAUGGUCUCCAUUGAGACAGCCAGCCUGGACGUUUAUGCCAAAUAUGUCCUGAGGAGCAUCUGCCAGCAGGAGUGGGUGGGCGAGCGCUGCCUGAAGUCCUUGUGUGAAGACAGUAAUGACCUGCAGGACCCAGUCCUGAGCAGCACCCAGGCCCAAAGGCUGAUGCAGUUGAUCUGCUACCCGCACCGGCUGCUCGACAAUGAGGAGGGCGAGAACCCCCAGCGGCAGAGGAUCAAGCGGAUCUUGCAGAAUCUGGACCAAUGGACGAUGAGGCAGUCCUUGCUUGAGUUGCAGCUGAUGAUCAAGCAGACAGCAAACAAUGUAAAUGUUCAGCAAGAAAUGAACUCUCUGCAGGAGAACAUCGCCAAGGGUACCAUUGAAGUUUUUCAGCAGUCUGCUGAAACCAACUCGGCCAGCAAUGGCAUCGUCAACCUGGGUGGCUCCACCAGCCUUGGGCCGGCUAACACCAAAGCCAAGCCCGUCCUCAGUUCCCUGGAAAGGUCAGGCGUGUGGCUGGUAGCCCCUCUCAUUGCCAAACUCCCAACAUCCGUCCAGGGCUAUGUACUCAAGGCAGCUGGGGACGAGCUGGAGAAAGGGCAGCAUUUGGGUUCUUCAUCCCGCAAGGAGCGGGACCGCCAGAAGCAGAAGAGUAUGUCCCUCCUGAGCCAGCAGCCCUUCCUGUCCUUGGUCUUGACGUGCCUGAAAGGCCAGGAUGAGCAGCGGGAGGGCCUCCUCACCUCCCUGUACAGCCAGGUCCAGCAGAUUGUGACCAACUGGCGAGAAGAUCAGUACCAAGAUGACUGCAAAGCCAAGCAGCUGAUGCAUGAAGCGCUGAAAUUGCGACUCAACCUGGUGGGCGGCAUGUUUGACACAGUCCAGCGCAGCACCCAGCAAACCACAGAAUGGGCCGUGCUCCUCCUGGACAUCAUCAGCAGUGGCACAGUUGAUAUGCAGUCCAACAACGAGCUCUUCACUACGGUCUUGGACAUGCUGAGUGUGCUUAUCAAUGGCACAUUGGCUGCUGACAUGUCCAGCAUCUCUCAGGGCAGCAUGGAGGAGAACAAGAGAGCUUACAUGAACCUUGUCAAGAAGCUCCGGAAAGAGCUGGGUGACCGCCAGUCUGAAAGUUUGGAAAAGGUGCGCCAGCUGUUACCUCUGCCCAAGCAGACACGGGAUGUCAUCACCUGCGAGCCUCAGGGCUCUCUGAUCGAUACCAAAGGCAACAAGAUCGCUGGGUUUGACUCAAUUUUCAAGAAGGAGGGCUUGCAGGUGUCCACCAAGCAGAAGAUUUCCCCCUGGGACCUCUUUGAAGGCCUGAAGCACUCAGCUCCACUCUCCUGGGGCUGGUUUGGGACUGUGCGAGUAGAUCGUAAGGUGUCCCGCUUUGAAGAACAGCAGAGGCUGCUGCUAUAUCAUACGCACUUAAAGCCAAAGCCACGCAGCUAUUACCUGGAGUCGCUGCCUCUGCCCCCUGAAGAAGAGGAGCCUCCCACGCCAGUCACUUUGGAGCCAGAGAAGAAGGCUGCUGAGCCAGCCAAGGUGGAGAAAGCCAGUGCCAAUGCCACCAGUUCCACCACGGAGCCCAAGAAGAAGGCCAGCAAGAACAAGAAGCGGGCCCAGCCUGCCAACAAGAAUGAGGACUACAUGAUCACCACAGGCCGAGGGGGAUCCUAUGGAGGUGGUAUGCCUGCUGACCUCCUCCACCAUCAGACAGCCAACUCCAUGUCGCGCUUGGGCUAUGGGCAGCCCCUGUAUGCUCAGAACCAGCCCCUGCCGCCAGGUGGCCCUCGACUGGAUACCUCCUACCGGCCGGUACGCAUGCCACAAAUCGGCAAGCUGGUGCCAAGCCGGCCUCCUUACCCUGGAGUCUUGCCAACAAGCAUGGGCAGCAUGAUUGGGAUCGACCCUUCCUACAAGUCCACUGUCUACCGGCAGCAACAGCCACCAGUCCCCCAAGGGCAGCUCCUUCGGCAGCAGCUGCAGGCUAAGCUGCAGGGCCAGGGGAUGAUGGGACAACCACCUGUACGCCAGAUGGCUCCUGCCCCGCCAUAUGGAGCAGUGCAGCCGUCACAGGGCUACACCCCCUACGUCUCCCACAUCGGCCUCCAGCAGCACCCUUCCCAGUCCAGUGCUAUGGUCCCCCCCACGUACUCCAACCAAACCUACCAGACCACGCACCCCAGCUCUAACCCGGCUUUUGUGGACCCUGCCAGACCCAUGCCGAGGCCCAGCGGCUAUGUGCACCAGCAGGCUCCGGGAUAUGUCCACACCCUGAACGCAGCACAGAGGUUUCCUCAUCAGUCAAUGCAGCAAGCCCCCAUGAUGAGUGGGGUGAACCACAUGAGCGCCCAGGGGGUCCCGUCGGGCAUCCGGCCCAGCCAGCUCCUCUCGGACCAGCAGCAGCAGUAUCUGAGGCAACAGCAACAACAGCAGCAGCAGCAGAUGCUGAGGCAGCAGCAGCAGCAACAACAACAACAACCCCCACCACAGCAGCAGCAACCGCAGCCCCCACCCCAGCAGCCCCCGCAACAGACCCAGGUCCCCAGCGUCCCCCAGCCUCAAGCACAAGGCCAGCCUCCAGGGCUGGGGAUGCAGGCGCUGGCUCCACAGCAGCCCAUGUUCCAGCGGCAAGGCCUUCAGCAGACGCAACAGCAGCAACAGACGGCAGCCUUGGUCCGGCAGCUUCAGCAGCAGCUUUCCAAUACGCAGCCCCAGCAGAACAGCAACCCUUUUGGACGGUAUUGAGACUCUGCAAGGGGAGAAGAUGUGCCCAUCCAUCCUGGAGGACUUGAGGAGGGGUCUCUCCCUGGGGCCGCUGCAGGAGUGGGGAGCUUGGCCUUCUGCCCCUCUUUCGGGGCACCUGCCCUGCACCAGCGCCUGCCCCCCGACAGCGUCUGGGACGGGGAGAGCUUUCUCAUGCCGAGCGAGUGUUUUUAAUCUCCCACUUUCUACCAGUGUUUUCAAAAUCCUGUGUGAUCAAUAGAGUCUCCCUUCCCGCUUUGAUUUCAGGUUUUAAUAAGUUUUUAGUAUUUUUGUUAAAAUAAUGACAAAAGAAAACAAAUUGUAAGAUUUUAUACUUUAUUUAUACCGGAGGAAACCCUGUAUCACAGAUGUCCUGAAAGAAAAUACAGAGAGCAUACUUUCCAGAA